CGCGCUCGUUCCCCCGGAGGGCGUCGGGAGAUCGGCGCCCCAGAAGCUUUCAGUCUGCGUAAAGCUGUUGGAACGAGGGAGCAAAGGUAAAGAAUGAUGUAAUGCGUGGCUGCCCCAAAGCAUCUUUUGUUGUGGAAUGGUUAUUCCAGUCAUCUCUUUAUGAAUCAAAUGUGAGGGGCUGCUUUGUGGGAGGAGUCCUUUGCAAGUGCACAUCAGCAGGAAAGAGAAAGAGACACUCACUUGGACAGCUUUUGCUGAAAAUGGGUUUAACUCCCUUUUUGCCAGUCACCACCAGCCUGACCUCAUACAUUUCUAGUACAAUGGGGUGGCUGAGCCUCUGAGCACACCACCAUUACAUCAUCGUGGCAAGUUACAGAAGGAGGUGGGAAAAGAGGACUCACUGUUGUCAUGGCCCAUGAGAUGAUUGGAACUCAAAUCCUUACUGAGAGGUUGGUGGCUCUGCUGGAAAGUGGAACGGAGAAAGUGCUGCUAAUUGACAGCCGGCCUUUUGUGGAAUACAAUACAUCCCACAUUUUGGAAGCCAUUAAUAUCAACUGCUCCAAGCUUAUGAAGCAAAGGUUGCAACAAGACAAAGUGUUAAUUACAGAGCUCAUCCAGCAUUCAGCAAAACAGAAGAUCGACAUCGAUUGUAGCCAGAAGGUUGUCGUUGAUGACCAAAGCUCGCAAGAUGUUGCCUCUCUAUCUUCAGACUGUUUUCUCACUGUACUCCUGGGUAAACUGGAGAAGAGCUUCACCUCUGUACACCUGCUUGCAGGUGGGUUUGCAGAGUUCUCCCGGUGUUUCCCUGGCCUCUGUGAAGGAAAGUCCGCUCUAGUCCCUACCUGCAUUUCUCAGCCCUGCCUUCCUGUUGCCAACAUCGGACCAACCCGAAUUCUCCCCAAUCUUUACCUGGGCUGCCAGCGAGAUGUCCUCAACAAGGUGGGUGCUUUGAAAUUGAUUAACUUCUUUCCUGGAAAAAUUGGUCUGACUGAAAACUAA